AUGAUCGAGAAUCAAAGUCCCCUGAAGCGUCCACGACUCGCAUCUCGAGAGAAUGUCCACCCAGCUCCAGGAUCCCCAUGGAGCCUGUCUUACCACCUGGCAGACUACAACUCCCCACUACAUCCCAAUGACCCAUUCCAAUCCCCCACCACCAGCUGGACAGACGGCUUCUCCGAAGACCCUGGAUACUUAGCAUCACAAGAAGAAUUACGAUGCAUCCUCUUCACCUUAGCAAACUCAACUGCUCCAACACGCGUCUCCAGCCCCGACCCUAUCGAACACACCCAACCCCAGCCCCAAACCCCCCUCACCAACGAAACCCAAAUCCAAUACCUCAAAAACUACAUCACGGAAAUCGCCCCCUGGCUCGACAUGUUCGACACCCAAUGCACCUUUCGCCAACAAGUCCCCCUACUUGCCCGUACAUUCCCCGCCCUAUCCUACGCCAUGCUCGCCAUCUCAGCCCGCCAAAUCGAGCGCAAAACCGGAGUCCGGAACUGGUUCGACAGUCUGGAACUCUACCAAGAGGCCAUUCGACACCUAAGUCCACUUCUUCAACUCCGCGAUCCCAAGAUCAUCGCUGCGUGCGUGCUGCUCUGCUGUCUGGAGAUGAUGUCUGCUCGGGCCCAGGACUGGCGUCGCCAUUUGGAGGGCUGUGCGGCGUUAUUUGAAUCCUUUGGGAUUACGGGGUUUAGUGAGGGGUUGUUGCGGGCUGUGUUUUGGUGUUUUGCUAGGAUGGAUCUAUGCGGAGCGUUGAUAUCAGACGGCACGCAAACCACCCUAUUACAUCCCUCGAAAUGGAUCCCAGAGGGAGAGGACGCGCGUGGGAUCUUUCAGAGAUUUAAAUCCCCAGACAUGCACGCCAACUACGCGGUAUAUCUCUGCGUCAAAUCCACGGAACUCAUCUCCGAUCGGACGAAAUUCGUGGAACUUAACGAACCGAACGACUGCACGGCCGUUAACUUCUCCACACGAUGGAUAACCCUCUGGAACGACCUCCAACACUGGCUAUCAGACCGUCCAAACGAACUCCUCCCCGUGCAAACCGUCAACAAAAAACCAUUUCCUCGGAUUCUAUUCAUCCACUGGGCGGCUAUAUCCUCAACGCAACUCUAUCACACCGCAUGUAUACUCCUACUCAAAAUGAAACCAAAGAACAUCCCCCUCCCCCAAUCCCCCACUCUAUAUCCCCUCUGGCACGCCCGUCACAUAUGCGGUAUAUCCCUAACAAACCCACACCAAGGAUGUCUGAACAACUCGAUCCAGCCGCUCUGGAUAGCAGGACAACUGUUCAGCCAUCCGUCCGAACACGAACAAAUCAUCCAGUUAAUCCAGAACAUCGAGAACGAAACAGGCUGGGGGACUUGUUGGCGGAUACGAGAUUUGGAAAUCGCUUGGGGUGUACAGGUACAUAGCUCUACACAGUAACCUAACUAACUACCGCCGCUAUCAAAAUCCCACUCCGCCAAAUACCCAUCCACCCUCCACCCCGUCACCUUCUUAAUCCUCUCCAACCCAGCUAAUAUAUCCCCCCGCUGGCCCUGAAAGCUCAUCCUCCUCGCCGCGACAAGCAACGAGGCCAAAAGACACGGAUCCCAUGAUUCCUGUCGAUUGUUGUUCAUUGCGAUUCCGCAGAGACGUUGCGCGUGCCAUAAUGCUGAGUGCACCCCCGAUAGCACAGUUCGUGGCUUACAUUCUAGUAAGAGUAACAUGGCGGUGUGAUAUAUCUGGUUGGUGAAGAUACCGGCCCCGUUGACGAAGAGGAGUAUUGGGAAUG